CGAUAUUAAAGCAAUAUCAUCAUCUACGUCAUCUUGUUUGAAGCAACAUGGUGAGGGGUGAACGGACUUGCGAUUGCGAGCAACUACCUGACCCACCCAUCCCACGCCGACGGAUUCGACGAAUUUCAGAGUUCCCUUCCCUUGUAAAUACCAAGUACCGUCGGCAGUGCGUUCCAUGCUUAUACUACGUACGCUGCACUCACAUGCACUCACCUGUAAGAUAAUACUUGUGGCUGCAAUGCAAAUUUGUUGAGCGUUCAUCCGAAAUCUCCCCUGUGGCAAAUCUUGAUCUUACGGCGGAACAUAGACAAUCCAAUCCAAAGUUUACUGCCAGCCAACUUGGCGCGGAAACAUGAAAGAUACCGCGCGCAUCAUGGAUAAACGACAAACUUGCGAAAACAUCCCUUCCAGCAGUCCGUGCAGAAAACGCAAGGAUGUCUUGAAGAGGGUAAUGACUGAUGUAUCAAACUGUGCGAGCGACAUUUUGGAAGACAUGGGAGUUGCCUACCUACCGGAUGACAAACCACCUUGUAAGCGUCCGAAGGUCCGCAAGCAACCCGAACUGUGGAAGUCGAGCGAUUUUGUGCUUUACAAGAGAAACAAACGGGACCUGUCUGACACAAAAGACCACUUCUCGGACUUGUCGGACGAGACCAUCUUGGAAGUGUUCAAGUGGCUGCCCAAACCAGUGCUGGCCAGGUGUGCUGCCGUCUGCAAGCGGUGGAUGCGGCUGGCGUUGGACGAGAGCCUCUGGAGAAAACUGGAUCUCGGCAAGAAGCACAUUGGUCCCGGUGUCCUGGGCAUCGUUCUUCGCAGAGGAGUCGUGGCAAUGAAGCUGGCAAUGGCAGAGGUGAGGGGCCCAGCAUGUGAAGAAGAUUCUGUGUCGAGCAAGCUCCAGUACUUGGACUUGAGCAUGGCGGUGAUAACGGUGUGCACCCUCAAGCAGGUGUUCGCUGCAUGCACUCAGCUGCGGAAAUUAAGUCUGGAGCACUGCACAGUGGACGACCAAGUGUGCCAGCUUCUCUCAAACAAUAAGAACCUGGACAGCCUGAACAUGUCCAUGUGCAACGGUGUGACAGCAGUAGGCGUCAGCGACAUCGCUCGUGCAUGCCAUAGGUUGCGUUGCUGGAACCUGGCCUGGACCCACCUGACUGCCGAGGCUUUGUCUGCCCUGGUGGACAACGUGGCACCGGGCCUGCUCAGGAUCAACCUGGCCGGGUGCCGGUCCUCCCUCUCGGACUCUCAUGUGUCGCGUCUCGUGGAGCGCUGCCUCCUGCUGCAGGAGCUGGACAUAAGUGACAGUUCACGAGUGAGCGGAGCAGCCGUAGAGGCCAUAGCGACCAACCUUGACCAUCUGGCCCACCUACAUGUCAGCCGUUGCUACAACAUCCCGCCAGCCGCCUACCUAAUGCUGUCCAGGGUGGAGUCCUUGCAGAACCUGGAACUCUUCUGUGUGUUGACAGAUGCUGCACUGCACACACUGCGCAACAGCCUCCCACAUAUCGACAUCAACAAGUAUAUCUUCUCAACUGUGGCUCGCCCUACAACUAGGUCUUGCAGGUCCAGUAUAUGGGGACUCAAGAUCACAGACUGAUUUUAAUAAAGUUGUUAUUUUACA